GAGACAUGAAACGACAAACAAAGUCAGUCACGGACUCUUCGUCUUCUACCUUCACACUUUCUUCCUUUAUAAUGUUUAGUUUAUAUUCUUCUCACUUUCCGAGCUUUUCCAGUGGACUUUUCUUUUACAAAAACAAUGGCGGCUCCGAUCAUACUUUCCUGUUUCCUUUUCUUAUUCUUCUUCUCUGUCUCCGUCUCUGCUCUUAACGUCGGUGUUCAGCUCACACAUCCCACCGUUUCUCUGAGCAAAGAAUGUAGCCGGAAAUGUGAAUCAGAGUUCUGUUCAGUGCCUCCACUUUUGAGGUAUGGAAAGUACUGUGGACUAUUGUACAGUGGAUGUCCUGGAGAGAGACCCUGUGAUGGUCUUGACUCAUGUUGCAUGAAGCAUGAUGCUUGUGUCCAAUCCAAGAAUAAUGAUUAUCUAAGCCAAGAGUGUAGUCAGAAGUUCAUAAACUGCAUGAACAAUUUCAGCAAUACGAAGCAACCAACGUUUAAUGGUAACACAUGCGAUCCCGAUGAAGUCAUUGAUGUCAUCUCUAUUGUCAUGGACGCCGCUCUUAUCGCCGGCAGAGUCUUCCGGAAACCCUAAAUAUGUUUUUUUUUCUUCUAUAGUUUGAGUUAAUUGUUUCUCUUGUUUUCUACUCUCACACAUUUGUCUUUGUUUUAUCUAAUGUCUUCAUUUUAUAUAUAUAUAUCUGUUUUACGGGAAAACACACUAA